AUGAAGGAAGUGCGUCACUUGAAAGUUUCAUUUCGAAGGCACACUUUUCCGGGCGACGCAAGAGACGGGAUUAAAUCCGACGAGGGGAGGGCAAAUAAAAACCCUGAAACGACAACACCUGGACUCCUAAAAGAAGGAAAACUAAGGAUAAACCCGGAAACGGCGCCUGGAACCUGCGGCCGAACCGGCACCACACGUAAUGACUCGUCAUUCCUGUGGAUCCUGUCGGGGAGGAAGGAGAGGGUGGUGUGGGCUCUGGGCAAGCCCGCGUGCCAUAAAGUCGUCUGUCCCAGGCGCAGCAGCAUCCGCGGAGAGGAUACUUCGCCCACCUGCGAUUCAGGGGGGAAACAACACGGGGAGUGGCAGUUACUGGUUAUAAGCUCGCACAAA